AUGGACAAGGCCUCCGUGAUGGUUCCGGAUUUGCCCGAUGAAGUCAGCGCCGGGCCGACCCUGGAUGAAGAGAAGAUCGAGCGCUCACUAGUGAGGAAGAUUGAUCUGCACAUCCUCCCUUUCGUGGUCUUGCUGUAUCUCUUCAGCUUCUUGGAUCGAGUGAACAUUGGAAAUGCUCGUCUAUACGGCCUAGAAGAGGACCUCGGUCUGGUGGGCAACCAGUACCAAGUCGCUGUGUCGAUUCUCUUCGUAACAUACUGUUUAUUCGAGGUUCCGUCAAACCUCGUGCUCAAGAAGCUCAGGCCGUCGCGGUAUAUCGCGACCAUUUCGGUCCUCUGGGGUAUCAUCGCCACCCUCACCGGGAUCACCCAGAGCUAUGGCGGUUUGAUCGCCUGUCGCAUCCUGCUCGGAGUGGUCGAAGCCGGCCUGUUCCCGGGCUUCAUCACGUAUCUCACCCUGUUUUACAACAAGCGUGAGAUCGCCUUGCGGACCGGCUACCUGUUCAGCAGCGCCGCCAUCGCCGGAGCCUUUGGUGGACUCCUAGCCUACGGGAUCGGGUUCAUGGAGGGCAUCUGUGGACUCCGAGGGUGGCGCUGGAUCAUGAUCAUCGAGGGGAUUCCGACUGUGAUCUUGGGCGUGGCAACCUGGUUUGGAUUGGCCGAUGGCCCGGACACAGCAUAUUAUCUGAACAAAGAAGAGCGGAUGAUCGUUGCUCGCCGUCGAGGGCGGUAUAUCGGACAGACCGACUCUGCGCAGAAGUUCCACUGGGCAGAUGUCAAAGAGGGCGUGAUGGAUUGGAAGAUCUGGGCAUUCUCAAUCGGUCAAUUCGGCAUCGACACCAUGCUCUACGGAUAUAGUACUUUCCUGCCUACGAUCAUCAAAGGUAUGGGCAGCUGGUCAACCCCGGAAGUCCAGGCAUUGACGAUUCCAUGCUACGCACUGGGGGCCCUUGCGUAUCUUGCCGUUGCCUGGGUGAGUGAUCGCACCCAGCAGCGAGCAGUCUUCAUCUGCCUCUUCAGCGCCAUUUCCGUCGUCGGCUACGGAAUUCUGAUCUCAGACGCAUCCUCUGGUGUGCAUUACUUUGGCGCUUUGAUGGUCGCUCUGGGGCUCUAUGUCGCGGUGGGCCUACCACUUGCUUGGUUGCCGACGAAUCUCCCGCGUUAUGGAAAACGCGCCUAUGCAACAGGAUUGCAGCUUACAUUCGGCAAUAUCAGUGGUGUCAUGUCGCCUUUCCUUUAUCCAACCUCGGAGGGCCCUCGUUUUGUCCGCGGAAACGCUGUUACCCUCGGGCUGGUCGCGUUUGCUGGGAUUGUCUACGGUGGGAUGUGGUUCGCCUACCGAAUCAUCAAUAAGCGCAGAGCUCGGGGCGUCGAGGAUGAGAAGAUCUCGGCUCUUUCCGAGCAAGAUAUCCAGGAAAUGGGUGAUCGAAACCCCAGAUUCCUUUACAGCACAUGA